AUGUUUCUCGGAGCUUUGCUUCUGCUUCUUUUCAGCGACGCUGUAGCGUAUGCCCAGUACUCAGACCAAUUUUCACGCUGCGCCAUCGACAAUCCUACUUCUGAGCAAAGGGCCAGUGUCAAGGUGCUAGAGGACAUUGAGAAGGUGACAAGGAUUGAAACUUCAAAACAUAUCUGUGUCGAUACCUACAUUCACGUUGUGACCUCAAACGCAUCGGAAGCAAUUUCGCAACGGCAGGUAGCUGCUCAGUUCAAAGUUCUGAACGCAGCAUUCGCACCUCACAAUAUCUCGUUCAAUCUUAAAAACACAACCUGCACUACCAAUUCAACAUGGGCUGGCGGCGGUGAUGAGAUCGGGAUGAAGCGAGAGCUGCGUCAGGGCGACUACAGCACCCUCAACCUUUACUUUGUCGACACUGCGAGGCUGGGUAAGACAGCGGCUCUUGGUUAUUGUACCUUCCCCUCAAACACCACCACUGGAUCUGAUGUAUUUAUCCGCGACGGCUGUGUAAUUGCGGCACAGAGUGUUCCCGGUGGUGAUGCUGCGCCGUAUAACUUGGGCGGCACCGCGAUCCAUGAGGUCGGACAUUGGUUCAGUCUUCUUCACACGUUUGAGAACGGAUGCGAUGCCCCAGGGGAUUCUGUCGCCGAUACUCCGGCGCAAGGAGAGCCGACAAGUGGUUGUCCUUCACGAAAGGACACUUGUCCCGACCUACCCGGUUACGAUCCGGUUCAUAAUUACAUGGACUAUUCAUAUGAUAUCUGCUAUGAAGAGUUUACCCCCGGCCAAAGACUCCGGAUGCACAACUCUUGGGCUACGUAUCGUCAGUGA